GCCGGAACCUGGCUGGGCAGCGCUACUUGCUGCCCUGCCAGGCCGGGUGAGGGCGGAGCCAGGCCUCCAGCCGCGAGGACUGGAGUCGCGGGAGGUGGAGCCCCGGUCCGGAAGCCGGGGAGCCGCGGCCAUGACGGUGCUGGUCCGCGGCUUCUCGCUGCUCCGCGGCCGCCUUGGCCGAGCGCCGGCGUUGGGCAGAAGCACAGCACCCUCCGUAAGGGCACCGGGAGAGCCCGGGAGCGCGUUCCGGGGCUUUCGGAGCAGCGGUGUGAGGACCAGCAGAGAGAAGAGAUUCCAUCUUCCAGAGUACCCUGAUGGGAGGAUGAAAACAGCAGAAAGGAGCAGCACCAGAUGAUCUUUUCAUGGCCACGUACUCUUUCAAGGAAUCCCAUGGAACUCAGUAAAAUUACACUUUGGCUUAGAGAUAAUUAAGUUGUGGAAGGAGGUUUAAGAGAGGAGCUUAGGUGAAAUUUGAGCUGUAAAUGAGUAUGCUAAAUUAAAGAAAUGAUUAGUAAUAAAUGAGAUUUGCUAUUAAGAAAUUCACUUUGGAUCUGAGACAACAUUUUACAUACAAUGUAGAAAACUUUAUGGUCAGAACAGAACACAGUCUGAACCUAAAUUAACAGUAGUGUUAAAGAAUUCAGGGCGGGAUAUUAUCCAAGAAGGCCUAGCCAGCUGCUCCACUUAAUGUUACAUCAUAAGUGGUUUCUGUGUUGCUAUUGUUUUUAUUAGCAUUUCAAUGACUGUGUCAUAUUACAUUAAAUCAAUUGGCUCUAACUUACCUAACCAUCUUGCUGCUUUUUAAUGUCUAGUUCUUGGAAAAUAUGUAAUAAUUUACUCUCAGAUUGAGGUCAUGUCCUUGUCAAUGUCAUACCAACAGGGUUUGUUCACUGCAUCAUCUGAACUCUAUGUAGGUUUCUGUAAUUAGGCUCAUUAGAGUGUUCCUAGAUCCAAAGACUAUCUAAAGAUACAAAGAUUCAUAAUUCUAAAGUGAGGGUGUGUGUAUAGUUUACAACAGAUGUUCUCUCCCCACUUUUUUUUUUUUUUUUUUUUUUUGGCUGUUUGUGAUUAACUGGAACUGCAAUGAAUGCCAUCAUGCUUUUAAGGAAUUCAGUUGUAUUGUUGAAAAAUACAAUUUUCUUAAUAUCUAAGGAGCUCUUAGUCAGUGGUAAGCACUUUGCUGAGAUUUUGCAUAUACAGUAUGUCCUUCGAUCCUCACAACAACUAAAGGAAGUAGAUAGACACUAUUACUAUUCCCAGUUAACAGAUUGAGAAAUUGAGGCUUAAAGAAAUUAAACUUGUCAAGUUGACACAGUAAAUACAUGGUGAAGACAAGGCUUGAACCCACAUCAUCUUUCUGGUGUUCUUCUCUACAAGCAGUUUAUAAUUAUUGACUUAUCUCACUUUUUCUUCUUUUUGAAACAUUUAUUAAUAUUAAAUCUCAUACAACUUUUGUGAAUCUAGAAAGCUAAUUUUGCAUGUAAAUUUUAAAAUUAUUUUGUUAGAUUCCCUCAGUUUGAGAUGUUCUUAACCUAGGACCUUAUGGAUAGAAUUCAGGGGAUCCAUAAACUUGGAUUGGGGGUUACUAACUUCUGAUAAAUUGAGCACUUUUUUUCCAUUGUCAGUGUUGGCAACAAAUACAUAAUAUCAUCAGUAUAUGUGACUUGCUAAUAUAAUUUACAAAUAUUUCAGUAUCACAAAGUUGAGGCAGAUACCACAAAACAUCAUCUGCAGAUCACUAUUUUGUUAUGGUAGUUAGACCUACCACUAGAUCCUGUUAUUUAAUACUUUUAAAAAAAAGCAUUUGAUAAUAUUUCAGUAAAACUGGUUUUCCUUGUAAUCUGUAUUUUAUAUUGAAUGUUUAAAAGGAUUGUUCUGAGAAAGAGUCCACAGGUUUCAACAGAUAGGCCAAGAGCUUUUGUGGCACAAAGCUUAGCAUCUAAGGUUCUUUCUGACAAAGUUAGUUUGAAAACAAUGGAUAUUGUUUAGUACACAGUCAGAAAGUUAACUAGUUAAAAAACUGAAUAUCAAGAAGAGUCAUAUAUAAUGAAAAGGUAUUUUACUUUUUAUUGAUUUGCAGAUGUAAUUUCUAGUAAAAUUACUUCAAGAUGUGAAUAGGGUACUUGGGGUAUGAAACAAAUUUUUUUAAAGAGGUCAUAAACUUAACACUUGCAGGUAUUCAUUUAUUUUAAUAACACACUUCAAAAGACUCCCUAUACUGGUGAUUGGUUUUAUUCCCUAUGGAAUUUUGCCCUGUUUUUGGGGGGUUUCAUUUCUAUUGUACAAACUCAAGACAUCAAAGAUAUGCCCUAAGAUAUAAAGCAAUUAAACUGUAUGUUAGGGCCUGGGUAGAGCUUGGAAUUGUUAAUCAUUCUAUUAGGAUUUUUCGUCUUUUUUUGUUUGUUUGUUUUGUUUUUUGUUUGAGGCAGAGUCUUGCUCUGUCACCCAGGCUGGAGUGCAAUAGCACGAUCUCGGCUCACUGCAAACUCUGCCUCCUGGGUUCAUGCCCUUCUCCUGCCUCAGUCUCCCAAGUAGCUGGGACUACAGGCGCCCGCCACCACGCCCGGCUAAUUUUUUGUAUUUUUAGUAGAGACGGGGUUUCACCGUGUUAGCCAGGAUGUGUCUUGAUCUCCUGACUUCGUGAUCUGCCCGCCUCAGCCUCCCAAAGUGCUGGGAUUACAGGCGUGAGCCACCGUGCCUGGCCAGGUUUUUUCAACAUUAUAGAGAUAAAAUGGUUCAUUGCAGCUCUAGUUGAAGUCGUGAAUAAAGAUGAGAUUGAAACUAAGAUAUGGAUUUGCCAAGUAUACGAAUUAAAUAAACUAUUGAUCUUGACUAGGUUUUAUUUGUUGGUAAGCUACUUUUUUGUGGAAGAAUAUUUUGAUACACAGAAAUAAUCCUCCCCCUUUGUUAUUUUGCUCUAGUUUAUUAAAUACAUCAUUUGAUUCUAAUAAGCGUAGAUAAGAUGGUUAGUUUAUUUUCUGGAAGUGCAAGUAAACAAGCCCAUGGAAACAGCACUAAGUGCUGAAGACUUUCUGCUCUCAUAAUGUUUCUGGUUAUCGAAAUAUGUCUCCAUCUGUAAUUUAGCAGAAACUAAGAGAAAGAGCCACUUUUGCAAACCAGCCCAUGAACUUUUAGCCAAAUCCUCUUAUGUAAUGUAAGGUCAACAAGAGAGUAUUCCCAUUAUAUAGAUGAAGAAAUUGCAUGCCGUUGAGAGAAGCUAAGUGACUUGCCUAACUUUAUUAUUGCUACUAAUGGUAACCCAGAGCUCUGAUGCUCAGGACUUCUAAUUUCAGGUGAGUAGUUUGUACUACAUAGUGCUGCCCUGCUACUCACUAGCCACCACCUCCCUUCUUUAAUUUUUGCCUCCUGAUGAAGCCACAUUUCGUGGCUAGCCCAGCAGUAGGCUGGGCUUUUGGAAGGGAGGGCACCUUUUCUUGCCUUUGGGGGAAGGUCAUUUCUGCCUUGGUGGGAAACCACCUGAGCAAGUAAUGACAGGGCGCAUCAUGUAAACAAUAUCUAAGGGGUCAAAUGGAUUUUAUUUUUGAUAUGCAUUAAUGGCAAGGUCACUAUGUAAUUUUUUUGGCCAAACUAGCACAUUUUUUAGAGUAAAAAGGGGUGCGAAUGUAAUGAAAAUUAUGUAUUUGGAAUAUUUAUUGGCUUACAAAUAUAUUAGUGAACUUAUAGAAUAGUUUCAGACCAUUUUCAAAAUUAAAAUUUUAAAAGAUAAUUUAUAUCCUUAUAUGUUAAAAUAAAAAUUUAUAUUACAUGAACAUUCAGCAUGAACAAUUAUUCCUGGUGCAUAUUCGCACGCUUGAAUCAGUUUCUUAGCUGUAUCUUUUAAUACCUUGAUACUGAUAAUUUUCUGAAAAAAGUUAAUAAGAUCUUAUGCUUUAUUUAUUUAUUUAUUUUUGAGACAGAGUCUUUCUCUGUCACCCAGGCUGAGUGCAAUGGUGUGAUCUUGGCUCACUGCAACCUCCGCCUCCUGGGUUCAAGUGAUUGUCCUGCCUCAACCUCCUGAGUAGCUGGGACUACAGGCGCAUGCCACCAUGCCCAGCUAAUUUUUCUAUUUUUAGUAGAGACGGGGUUUCACCAUAUUGGUCAGGCUGGUCUUGAACUCCUGACCUCGUGAUCCACCCGCCUCGGCCCCUCAAAGUGCUGGAAUUACAGGCGUGAGCCACUAGGCCCGGCCCUUAUGCUUAAUUUUAAAAUUAAAUUUUCUACAAUUUUCUUAACAGUUGCAAAUAGAAUCUUUGCUUUAGACAAUGGUUAUUUUAGUUUUAAAGGUACUGUCUCUAUAGAUGCUGAAACACCACAUAAACUGCUAAAUGGAACAGUCUUAAUUCUACAUUUUGCACAUUGAAAUGGGAAGAUAUUUUAGCCUAAGUAUUUUCACAGGUGCUAUCUUGGUGUAUCUUUUCAAAGUACUUUUCUUUGACAAAUAUUUAGAUAAAAGAAAUAAGUUGUUUUUGUGUAUGAUUUUAAAAAUAGUUUACCAUAUUUAGAUGGGGAAAAUUAAAGUUUUUCUCAAUUGUAUUCCAAUGUUUUACAAAAUGGUAAUUUAUUCCAGGAAAUUUUAUUCAACAAAAAAUAUGAGUUCCAUCAGAAGAUUCUUCUCAGACAUUGAACUAUUUAAAAUUGCUAUUAUAGAUGUAUUUAUUUACUAAUUCUGCUGUAUACAAAGUUCCACAAACUAGGUAGCUUGAAACAGCAGAAAUCUGUUUUCACACUGGAAACAGUGGAAGGAGGCUGGAAGUCUGAAAUCAAAGUAUCUGUAGGCCCACACUCUGUCCACUAGCUUCUGGGUAUUGCCAGCAGUCCUUGGUGUUCCCAAGGAGUUUGCAGCUGCAUAACUCCAGUCUUUGCCUCUGUUGUUAAAUGGUUGUCUUCCCUCUCUGUCUUCACUUCCCUUUUUAUGUGUCUCUGUGUCUUCUCUUGUAAGGACAGAAAUUAAAAUUACUUGUGCAUUGUU